AUGCCGUGGUUGCGUAAGAAAGGUUACGGGAUAGUUGGGAAGAAAAUUCUGUACCGAGGGGAGUUUUGCAGAAAACCUCGAGUAUCGUUUUUAUGCUUCCUUGGUGUAGGAGGAAUGGCAGACAGUUUCUGGACAGAGGGUACUUUUAACCGGAGAAAGUUUUUCGAAUGCUGUAGAAAGUUUGCUCUCAACAACAAAGAGGUUCGGAAAUAUCCAGGAUUACUGUCAGUCUGGAUCCUAGACGGGGCAAGGAUCCACUGUGAUGUUAAUAUUAUACGAUAUCUUCGAUCUAUUGGGAUAAUCCCUAUCUUUCUGCCACCAUAUUGUCCAUUCUUUAACCCAAUUGAAAUACUUUUUGGAUUGAUCAAACGAAAUUUGAAAAUAGCACAUCUUGAAGGAGCUCCUAUUCUGGCAGAUAUUUGUGAUGCUAUGAAUCGAUUCAAAGUCUAUCCAUGUGCAAAGAUCUUUGAGCAUUGCGGUUACUUUCCCGGUGGUACAUUUCUGCCAGAGAAAGGUCUUCAGCAAGAUGUUAAGAACAUUGGUUUGAAUAUUACAACCCGAUAA